AUUUAUUUAAAGAUAAAACGCCAUUUUAACGAUAAGCUAAUGACUAAUAUUUCCCCUAAAAUAUUAUUAUUAGACUUUGGAUUUUAUUUGUUUUGUGAGUGUGCCGGUAUAGGAACGAUGGCAAAGGUCAAACGUACACGAAUCUAUUAAUUAACAUUUUGUGUUGUUGCAAGAGUUUCAUUUCUAUAUCAGCUUCAAAAAUGUCCAAAUACUUGAUUUUAUUGUGCUGCUUCAAUGCUGUAAUGCUUCAAGAAACUGCACGACUAGAAGCUGAACUGCAAUUGGACGAUUUGGAAUUGGUUGACAGGUGCGAAUCUUUGGCUCGGGCACAAAAAGAGGCGUUUUUAACUCACAAUUUUAAAAACAAGAUUAGGGAAGAGCAACUUCACGGAUCGGAAUUGAAAGUGCACUAUGAUGUUUUAAGGCAGUUUACUGAAGUUCCGACUGAAUUGGAUAGGAAUUGGGGGUAUCAAGUGAAACCUGGCGAUUCGUUGUUGCCUCAAACUAAAUGGAACAAGAUGAUAUUGUAUCAAAACCAAAUAGAAGAACUAUUGCAAAACAACUCAAAAAAUAAUUAUUAUGAAAUUUUAAACAAUGAAAAGCAGUUGGAUGUUUUACAAAACGCUUGGACUAAUUGGCAUGAUAUUUUCAAUGAAUCUGAUGUUGAAGGUUUUAAAGAGCAAGUGCCAUUGAUUAAAGAAGCUGUCACCUUAAACGAGUUUGAAAGUGUUCAUCAAUAUUGGGAGACUUUGGUGGAUUUUGAUGGGGCUUACGAGCAAGCUAAUACUCUUUGGGAUGAAAUUGCUCCAUUUUAUAAAAAGUUGCAAAAAUUUGUGAAGCAAAGGUUGGAUAAAUAUUACGAUAUGGAAGAGGGUGGCCAGGAAAUUGAUGCUUAUUUAUUAGGUGGUGAACUAGGAACAGAUUGGAGCAACAUUGCAGACAUAGUUUUACCUCACCCGCAAUUACAUUACGAUGCCGAGAGCUAUUUGAAAUACAAGGAUACAGAACAAAUAUACACUCUUGCAGAAAACGUUUCAAAAUUACUAAAUUUAGGAAGUUUGGGCUCCAAUUUUUGGACCAACAGCUUGUUUAAUGCCUCCACUUGCGGGCCUCAAUUGUACGAAUUUUGUUUCAGCGAGUAUACUGAAAUUAUAGAAUGCAAUAAAUCCUCUUGGCCCUUGUACUUGAACUCCCACAAAACAGCAAUGAGAAUCGCCCUCAACAAUUUGGAUUACACUUCUUUAUCAAGGCAAAAAUUGCGGUAUUGCGCCAUCGACGAUGCUGUGGAAACUUUAGGUUCGCUUUUGGCAAUUGAAAGCCUCAAUUAUCACGAAAUUGCUAAAGUUAAUACUUCUAGAGAGGAUCCAGUACAAAUGACUAAACUCUUAUUGGUCGCCUUGAGAGUUAUGCCAAAAUUGGCCUAUUCCAUUAUGGUUGACAAAUGGAGAUUGGAGCUGUUGGAAAAUGAAAAUUCAUUGAUAAAUGUUACUGAAAGUUGGUGGAAUUAUAGAAAAGAGUUCAUGGGUGUCCGAGGACUUUUGAACAACGAAACCGAUUAUCUUGAAGAUACCAGAAUAACUUCAAACAAGCCCUAUAUCAAUAGUUUUUUUGGUAUUUUAAUUGCUUUUCAAAUGAUGGCGUUUUACAGUGAUCGUUCUGGCAAUGUUGAGCAUAUUGUCAAAGAGUUUGGACAAGAUGAUACUUUUAUAACAUUAAUUAAAGCACGUCACACUCUCGAUUGGCCCUACCUACUCUCCAUCCACUACGGUUUGGACUUGGGCACUGCGGAAAUUUUGAAAUAUUUCGAACCUUUGGAAAAGUAUUUCGAAAGCGCACCUUUGGAACAAGUUCCUGUAGUUACUACUACUACCACUACAACUACUACAACUACAACCACAACUACAACUACAACUGAAAGACCUACAACCACUAUGGCAGUUAAUAUAGUCAACGAUCAGCCAAAUUUAGGCAAUGUGCUUAAAUCUGAUACUAAACUGGUUGAUAAUAGUAAUGAUAGUCAUUUAACUAUGUAUGUAGGUGUAGGUCUGGCUGUGUUAUUAGGGUGUGCACUAAUUGUUGUUUUUGUACAAAAACAAUUAAGGAGGAGACGGAGGACAAAUAACAGGAGAUUUGAUCCGUAAUUUUAUUGACACCAGUACCAAAAAAUUAUUGUUAAAUAAUUCAUCACUGCCUCCCCUCAUAUUAUCACACAAUAAUUAAGACUGCUUUAUUUAUAAGACAUUUUAAUAUUAAUUGCUGUGAAAAUCUUUAGUGAAAUCUGUCUCUUUUUAUUCUGUUCCAAAAUAUAAAGAAAAUUUCCUAAAGAAAUAUCAAUAUUUAGAUUAGAUUCUCUUUGUUUAUAUAUAUAGAGGCUAUUGCUCAAGCGGGUGAGGGUGCUAAAGUGUAAAGUUUUUUUAAACCACUAUUUUUGUUGUUUUGUUUCCUUUUUUUUAGGAAUUUUAGAGGAUAUAAGUGUCUAGUUGACUAAUUUAUUUAUUAUGUUUAGGACUGGUUUAUCCAUAUUCUGAUAAACUUGCUGGUAAAUAUCUGCAAGAUAAAUUUACCGUUCUAUAAUUCUAUUGGUCGACGGAUAACUGGACGACCAAUGAGAUUACAGAUUGCGUUUUUAUUUGCCAGAUUUUAUACCUGGGAGUUUAUCAGAAGAUGAAUAAACCGGCCUUUAGAAAAUAAAGUAUUGUAUAGUUCCUGGUAGAGUUAGGUCUUCCAUUUUUUUCCCUGUUGUUUACUGAAUUAUAAUGGAAAAUAAAAAUAUUUUUACACCAUUUGAUGUAGAUUUAAUCCC